ACUUCCAAAUGAAUUCCUGACUAGCGGUGUCCUUAACUUUUCGGUGAAAGAGGCGCAGGGUGGCCCUAUUCAAUAUAACAGUUUAUUCCUAAAUGCUUCACUAUUCUCCACCUCAGCCUCCUUCCAAUUUGUUGGUCGUCGCUCGCCACAAACAAACGCCCCAGCAGUGGGAACACUGCCACGACUUUCCUGAGGUAAGGCAGGGAAUGCUCCACUCCUGGAGAAUAGCAUCCUAGUAAGCUGAUGGAACAGUAGAGGCCGCACGUUUGUUUCUAGUCGAGCCGUUUUCGACCGCCUCCCUUCAGCAAAUGAGAAAGCCGCCCAAUGAGGAAGGAGGGGGGAGCUAGUCAUAGCAGCACCUAAAACGCGAAAGUAGCGUUGUGUCGCCUUGCAGGCGCCGGUUGCCAGGGUUGCGGCGGAAGUGCCCCCAGCGGUGGGCGUGUGGGCCGCCAACACUCUCUGUCUCGCGCUCGAAGAAGCGGCGCCCCUCCCACCUCCACCAUGGCUUCGGCCGGGGCGGGCAUGAGCGAGCGCGAGCAGAAAGGCUGCCAGGAGUUGCUGGAGUUGCUGCACACUGAUGACCUGAUCGCCUUAACGGACACAGUGACCAACCGCCUAGUGCAGCCGAGCAAUCGCCAAGAAGCCAUACGUGCUAUCUUACUGUACAGUCAAAGUACAGAAGAACUGCUGAAGAGAAAAAAGGUAUUUAGAGAUACAAUCUUCAAGUACUUGGCAUCAAAAGGCAUUAUAGUGCCGCCUUCUUCUGAGAAGUAUCAACUUAUUAAUCAUGCAAAACACUACUGGUGUGAGCAUUUGCAGGAUCGUGGCACAGGGAUAAAAUGGGAAAAGCCUAAUAUAAAGAUACCUGAUGAGGAAGGGAAACAAGGUGGAGGAAAACAAGGAGGAGACAAACAAGAAGACAGCAAAGAGUGUCACAGCUUGGGAGAAGAAUUUUGUCAGUGGUUCUUUGCUAUUCUGAAUUCACAAAAUCCAUUGUAUGCAGAAUCUCCUGAAGAAUGGGGGCCACAGCACUUCUGGGAUGAUGUAGUACUAAAGUUCUGUUACAACACCUCAGAACAAAAUGUCGAGGAAUAUUCAGGUGCAGAAUUGGUGAGCCUUCGUUUACUCUCAUUGGUGAAAGAAGAAUACCUCUACCUCAACCCGAAUUUGAAUUCUGGUGGCUUGAAGUGUGUCUUUACACGGCAUGGGUUAGUUGUGGUGGCAGUAGCUGGCACAGUUCAUAGAAAUACUUGUUGCUUGGGCAUCUUUGAGCAAAUCUUUGGUCUCAUCCGCUGUCCAUUUAGGGAGAACACAUGGAAAAUUAAGUCUGUGCAUCUAAAAAUUGUUGGUCAGAAUGCCUUGGAACCUGGGACCCCUGUAGAACAACCUUGCAUAAAAUAUGACCAAGAAGAACUCCAGGAGCUUGCCUUGGUUCCUCACAGAUCCUGAGGAGGAUGAAGGAGGAAUGUUUGUUGGCCAAGGAAAAUACAGUACACGAUAACACUUGAGCAUUCGAAUGAGUUGUUUGCUUCUGUUUCUUGAGUCAGACUUUUUGACUGGAGGAAGCCAAAAUAUUAUCUUUAAUUUGCUGUUGUUGGGUAGACUUUAGCAUCCUGGAGGGUACAAAUGGCACAUUAUUUGCCACCCCAGAAGUAAAAAGAGAAUAGAUGAAAAAUGAGGAAACACUUGUCAUUUUUUUUACUUCUAUAAGUCUUCUCAUGUCUUUCUGCUGUUUCCUUGAACUGAAAUAGCAUUAUGGAACUAAAUGAAUCAAAGCAUUCACAAGUAAAACAAAGGACAUAAAAUUAGGACAGGUCCUUCCCUGCCUAAAGUUGCCUCUUCUCCUCAUGGGAGAUGGGCUGAGGGAAGAUGGAGUGAUAGAAAUGUGAGGCUGCUGCUGACGGAAUAUGUCUAUCUUCCUAGUUGAUGCAAGAGAUCUAUAAAGAAUACUGCGUGAGAAUCUCUGAAGAGUAGAUCUUCCACUGUCAGUGUCAAAGCUUUAUAUCUGUUGUUGGUCUUUACUUUGCACUUGUUUAUAGUUUUCUUUAUGCUAAAAUUAAAAUUGUUCAUCUUGAUAAAGAAAAUAUUUACCUGGUAUAUUUAAGGGUUUAAUGAAAAAUCCUUUAUUUUAAAUUUCCUGAAUCUCAGGGAUGUACAUGUUUAAUUGUAUAUAAUGGACAAUGCUAUAUUGUUAUGAGAUUAUUAAACUGGCAUACUUCUGAAGAGAGCUUUAUACAAAAUUUCUCUGCAGGGAAUUUCAUUAUUCUCUUUCCCCAGUUUGUAACUGCAGUUAGAAGGAUUUCACUGAUAGCAGGUUAGUUCUCAUGUGAAUUGUUUUGAAACUGUGGCUUUCCACUUUCACGGAUUGUUUUUUGUGUAUGUUUUCAUGUAUAACCAUUUUUUUUGUUGUAUGGCUAUUUAUAUAACAAUGUGAUUGUUCUUUAUGAAGGAGUGCAGUUCAGUUGUGAAAAUGGGUAAACAUUAAUCUGAUUUGGGACAGCUGUUUCAGAACAAUGUUUAAAAGUUAACCCAACCAAUGUUUAAACCUACACAAAUGACAGACUUCACACUAACAUUGUGGAGCAGUAUCUGGAAUACUGUGGAGCAAGCAGUUUUAGGAUUAUAUUCUGACUUUUAUAAUUAAUAAUAUAUUGUUAAGCUUACAGCAUCAUUAUGACUGUUGUAAAUAAAUGGCAGCAUUUGAAAGUA